ACAAACGGUAACGGGAUGUUUAUACAUUUAGAUGUAAGUUCAAUGAUAUCGAUCCGUCGUCUAAUAAAAUUAAUGAGUUGUACAAGUAUUUUCUAAAGAAGUGAAGAAAGUCUCGUUACCGUACUCCAAAACUUAAAGUGGCCCACGUUUCUAAAUUAUUAUCAGCACCUCCCUCAGCUACAGUCUCGUUUCCAUGGAGAUCCCUGCCAGAUUACCAAUCAAAGAUGAAGUGAAACAAUAAGAACAAGUUAAGAUGCCAGCCAGUAAGGAUCAGGCACCCCCAGGGACAUUGCAGAAUUUGUCUUUUAAAAUGCCAGAUGGGUUUAAAAGCAAAGUGGUAGCACCCCGUAACCCUAAGCUAGUUAAAGGGGUGGAUAAGCACAUAAAGUUAACUCCCUCUGUGUUUAUACAAGAAAUGGCCCUCACUACAGAGCAGAAGCUGGCGAGCAUACGUGAGAUGCACCCACCUCGAAUUAUUGAGCUCCUAGAUAUGAGUGAAACGACUCAUCAGAAGUUUACAACAGUGGACAUUGACCAGGCAAUGUUCCAGCCGUUCCCUUCAGAGAUUGUGUUUCAGAACUACAUUCCCUGUGAGACGUACGAGGUGCCGCUGGUCCUCAGGAACAACGACAAGAUUCCACGGCUGGUGAAAGUUAUUCAAGAGACUAGCCCAUACUUUCAAAUCAUCAGUCCCCUUGAUGUGUGCAGCAAAGUGGCUCCUGGCAUGGCAUCUACAUUCAACAUUCUCUUUACUCCAGAAGAGAACAAGGACUAUUUGCACAGGCUGGUUUGUGUCACUGAAAGGGAGAAGUUUGCAGUGGCAAUAAGAGCAAUCGGGGCGCGAGCGCUCCUGGAUUUCCCUGACCACCUGAACUUCUCCACCUGUCCAGUGAAGUGCUUGUCUCAGAGAACACUGCUUGUGCGCAACAUCGGGAACAGCGAGGCCAGAUUCACGCUGAGCACUCAGAGUCCUUUUUGUGUUGAACCAUCCCUGGGAACACUUGGAGUUGGGGAGAGCAUGCAGGUGAUUGUGGACUUCCUCCCGAAGCAGACUGGGGAUCACUCUGAAGACCUGGUUUUACACUAUGAUACAGGGGAAGACAUUUAUAUCAGCUUAUAUGGAGCGGCAACAGACAUAAACGUCCGACUCGACAAAAACUCAGUCAUUAUUGAAAAAACCUUUUUGUCCCUGGCCAAUCAGAGAGUGAUUACCAUUAGUAACAGAAGUGAUGUCAUAGUCCACUUCCAAUGGAAAGCUUUUGCUACACAAGAAGAAGAAGAUCAACAAAAACUCAGGUUCUCUUCUGAACUGCAAAAGGAGGAAGACGAUGACAUGGACCUCUUCCUGGCAGAGUGCAGUGCUGACCCUACGCUCCGUGAGCGAAUCUCUGUCCUGUCGCGCACCUUCCAGAACCGGCAGAGACUGCUGCAGGAUGACCAAAUGAUUUUUUCUGAUGACAUCUUUCACAUAGAUCUGCUGGAAGGUGACAUCUGGCCUAAUUCAACAGCUGAAGUGAAUAUCAUAUUUAAACCAAAAGAGGCCAAGGUUUAUCAGCAAACUAUCUACUGCGACAUUACAGGUCGUGAAACUCGUCUGCCCCUCCGGGUAAAAGGGGAGGGCAUUGGAGCCAAACUGCUGUUUAACUUCGACCAGCUGCACGUGGGGAACAUCUUUGUUGGAUCGAAACACAGCUAUGAGGCCAUUCUGUCCAACAAAGGGGACAUUGAUGCCAUCUUCAGCUUGGUGCCCCCCUCCUCUGCCCUGGGCUCCUGCUUCUCCUUCAACCCCAGCGAGGGGGUGGUGCUGCCUGGGGGCUACCAGGCCAUCGAGGUCUCUUUCUCCUCCAGCAUUCUUGGAGACUUCCAGGAGGAAUUUUUCUUCUCCAUAGACGGCAAUCCGCAAAACAUCAGUGUUACGUUCAGGGGCUGCGUCAUUGGACCCACUUUCAAUUUCAACCUGCCUGUACUUAACUUUGGAGAUGUCUCCUUCGGUUUUCCACACACAUUGACAUGCUGCCUUCAUAACACGUCUCUGGUGCCCAUGACCUUCUACCUGCGUGUCCCUGCAGACGGUAGUGAAGACACUUGUGUGACGAGUUCAGCCCUGGUCUCAGACACCAAUCGAACCAUGUGGAGGGGCAGUGACCAAGCUCUGAGUCCCAGGGAGUUCACUGUGACUCCUAGCACUGGAACCAUACGAUCACAGGGACUCAUGGAUGUUCAGGUGACUCUGUGCUCCAACAGAGUUCAGAGGUAUGAGUUCGCCUUGGUGGUGGAUGUGGAGGGCAUUGGGGAAGAGGUUCUGGCUCUCCCUAUUGUUGCAAGGUGUGUUGUUCCUCCGUUGCGUGUGGUGACUCCAGUUUUGGAGUUUCGAAGAUGCUUCCUCAAUUAUCCUUAUCACCGAACAAUUCAACUGGCCAACGACGAUGACCUGCCUGCAUGCUAUGGUUUGCUCCCACAGGUCUAUGAGGAGAACUCUGCCUUGCUGUACUCCAGUCCCCAGCCCAGAGGUAUCAUUGAGCCACACUCCACACUGGAGAUCCCCCUGGUGCUGCAGGCUGCUCUUGUUGGAAGGCUGGACGUGGUGGCAGAGGUUGUCGUCUUUGGCAGUGAAGACCCACCGCUCGAGGUGCUCCUGUCCUGCAUGGGAGAAGGACCUGUAGUUCAUGUCAGUUGCAUAGAUGUGGACUUUGGGAACAUCCCAGUACUGACAGACGUAUCCAGGACACUGCAGCUGUCUAACCAGUGCCCAAUCCCAGCCCACUUCCUGGCACAAAUGGUCCGCAGCAACUCGCACUGGCGAUUGGAGCCCAGUGAGGGGGUGGUCCCUCCAGACGGAGUGACAGAGAUCAGACUUGUGGCGAACUUAGACGACACAUUGCGCUUCCAGAACAAGAUACACCUGGUGAUUGAGAACAGCCAAACACACACCAUUCCAGUCAUGGCCACUGGAACUGGCACAACCAUCGUAACGGAUAGACCCUUCGCUCCUGAACUCAAUCUGGGGGCUCGUUUCAGCUCAGGGUCCUGCCAGUACCACUUCAAGCUAACCAACAUGGGGAGGCGCUGCCACCAGCUGUACUGGAUGACGGAGGGGUUCCCCCAGUUCCGCAGGCGUGGGCAGAUACCCCUGGGCAGAACACAGGGCAGCAAGCUGAAGAACACCGUGCCAGAGCCACCCAGCCCAGUCUUCAAGCUGCACCCUCUGAGAACAGAGCUGCACCCGGGGCAGUCCGUCGACAUGGUGCUAGAGGGAUCGUCUGACACCCCUAAGGUAGUAAAGGAAACGCUGAUAUGCCAGGCUAUCAUUGGGAAACAGUCUGGGAAGGAGCGGAUCAUGAAAGUGGAUGUCACCUGUGAGUUCAUCGCACCUGUCCUGGACAUUUCAAACAAACAGCUGAGCUUCUGUGUGGAAAAGGGUCCCACUAAUGUGCUGGUUCCUCAGUACAAGUCUGUCCUGCUGAAAAACGUCUCCUCGCUACCACUCAACAUGCAGAUGACCUUGGAGGAACCCUUCUCUAUCUGUGACAAGCAAGGAGACCUCAGCCUUUCCACGUCAAAGACACUUAUGCUGAGUGUGGGCGAGGAGGUGGAGCUGUGGGUCCAGUUUGAGCCCUCUUACCGGAAGGAUUGCUACUCGUGGGUGGCGGAGGAGUGUUUGGUAUUCCAGUACCUCGAGCACCCACAGAAAGACUACAUAUCCCUGCACGGGGAGGUCCACUUCCCCAACCUGCACUUCUCCAGCAUGGAGGUCAACUUCGGCUGCAUUCUCAACGACACUGAGGUCCUGAGGACCGUGGACAUGUCCAACUGCAGCCCCCUUCUUGUCAAAUAUCGCUGGUCCUUCCUGGUAGACGACUGGGAGAACAAGAUCAGGUGUCAGGAACAAGGCAUGUUUGUCCAAACUGAGGAAAAGACAGAGGAGCAGGGGGAACAGACAAUGAGGGGGGUGGAUGACGCCAUAACAGAUUCAAACAGAGAGAUCGAGGUUCCCAAACUGACCUUUGGCUAUGCAGAAGAGGAGGCCAGUGAGGUGGAGAAGACUGAUGCAGAGAAUGAGAGAAGAGAGGGCGCGGGUUCCCCUAAAGACCUCUUGCCUUGUCUUAGCACCCACAGCCUGAUGAGAGAGCCUAUAGGUUCAAGGGAAGCAGAUAGACUGUCUCUAUCUUACAGCCAGGAUUUCACAAGCAUGCCGCUAUGCCAGCAUCAGGAUGAACAUCACACCGCUGGUGUGGAAGAGGUGUUUGAUAUUUUGCCGCUCUACGGGAUCCUGCAGCCCAACGAGACCCAGCAGGUCGAUUUCACGUUCUACGGCCACGCAGAUAUCAGCGGCCAGGUGCUGGCUCUGUGCGAGGUGGAGGGGGGGCCCACCUAUGAAAUCACACUGAAGGGAGAAGCAUCGCUGGUCAGAUACGCCUUCGACAGGAAGGAGAUAGACUACGGGCAGCUGCUGUUUGACCACAUGGCAGAAGCUGAGAUUACACUGAAGAACACAGGGAAGGUCGGUUUUGAGUUCAGCACACUCAACGUCCAGCUGGACUCCUCUCCCAACAAUCCUCGACCCGGACUCCCACUGGUCAUCCCCUCUUCGGGCUUUAUUGAGGCUAAUUCAGAACAGACGCUGUCCGUGUUUUACCUCCCUGGGGUUCCAGAGCAUUUCCACAAGAGCUUUGAGAUGCAGGUGUCCUACUUCGAACCAGAUAGCAUCUCUGUGAGGGGAGAGGGCAUUUUCCCCAGGAUCUACCUGGAUCUACCCAGAAAUAUUACAAGUAACAAGUGGUACAGCGCCAUGCUAAAAGAGGCAAAGAUAUCUCUGGAAAGAGAGACAUGGAAGGAGGAGGCGUACAGCCGGCCAGGAACAAUGACAGGGGACCAGUCUUCAGAAGACUACAUCCCAUCUUAUGACUCCCUGCUCCAGAUGGAAGUGGAGCGUUUGCUGAUGAAGGAACAUGCCCUGGAACAGGAGGGGCUCAUCUCUUCCUGCAGUGAAGACUCCAACACCAGCCAGCAAUGGCGCAAGAAGCUGCCCAGAUGCUGCUUACCCGAGUACACCCUGGACUUUGGCUAUGUGAUUCAUGGCAAUGUGAGCACUCACAUCGUUAAGGUGACCAACACAGGGCCUCUCCCCGUUUCCUUCCAUGCAGACAGGCGCGACCUCGCUAACAACGGUUUCAGCACAGAGCUAGACAGGGUGAAGAACCUGCCCUACUGUGAGACAGAAACGUUUGAAGUGAGGUUCGAUCCCCGAGGGGCCAAUCUCAACCUGGGAGAGAUUGAUGCACUGAUGCCAAUACAGGUUUUGGGAGGGCCGACGAUCCAUGUCCGGUUGCUUGCUGUCGUGACCAUGCCGUCCCUCACUGUCUCCACUGAUAAACUGGAGUUUGGCACAGUACAAUGUGGGCAGUGCCAAGUGAUGACAGUACAGCUUUACAACCACCUGCAAGUCACCUGUGAAUGGGCAGUCAAAGAGGGGGAAAAGACCAAGAAAAAGAUUGACAAGUACAUUCCCCUCCACCUGCGACGCAAGGCAAGACAGGAGUUGAAGGCUGAACCUCUAGUGUUUGAAAUGCUGCCCCCUUCUGGAGUGCUGCUGCCAGGAGAGCGAAUCAACGUCCAGGUCAAAUUCAGUCCUGCAGAAGAGAAACUGUACAGUCAUCGCCUAGCUCUGUGCAUUUCCCAGAGCAGCCACCGGGUGAUGCUGUUGGCCCAGGGCAAGGGUCUAGAGCUGCAACUUGAUUUCAGCCCCACUGUGCUGGAGUUCGGGCCGAUCCUGCCCCAGAACAAUGGUGACGAUGUGGAUGUGCUGGUGAAGAAUCCGUGCGCUUUCCCCAUUGAAUUCUACGCCCUGGAGUAUGACAAGCAGUACCUGGAGGAGGAAAAGAUUCUGCGGAUGAUUAAGGGGUAUGAUUGUCACAACAUCAUGCUGUUACCCCCCCGAGCCCCAGGGGAGAAGCUGCCCUCUGAAAUCCUAGAGUACUUUGAGGAGCGAAGGAGAGCGAGAGAGGAGCAGCCCAAGCAGGAAGGAGGUUCAAAGAAGGAGGAAGAAGACAGAAGUGUGCCUGAGCAAGGGGAGAGGCGAGACCUAACUGGAGCCCCCAGUCUGGAGGAGAGUGACACCCAGCAGCCAACAGACGCCCAGAGCGAGGAGGAAGACGAGGAGAUGAGGGGGGAAAGAGCGCAGGCUUCAGACACAAAGGCAGCGGUUACUGAAAGCAGCAGCAGUAUUGGAGUGGGAGAUUUGGAUACGACCCCUGUCUCAAAGAUCAUAGCCAAGCACAUGGGCAUCGACCUGACCCCUGAGGGCCUCGCUGCCAGGAACAGGAGAGGCAUUGCCAUCAUAGUGCACGGUGCCCCUCUGUCAGGGAAAACCAGUACAUCAGUGACCCUGGCGAAGCACUACGGCACUCCCUGUUUGAACAUUGACAGCAUGGUACUGGAAGCUGUCUCAAAUGGGAACAGCCCUGUCGGUCUGCGGGCUCGAGAGCUGUGUGCCAGGGCUGCUGUGGAGCAGGCACAGAGGAAAGCAGAGGAUGCUGCUGCAGAGGCAGCAGCAGCAGCAGCAGGGGCUCAGGCUCCUGGCUUCCUCAGUGUCGAGGCAGUUACCAAACACACAGCAGAGGGCAGCCAGACCAGCGAGGGCAAACAGGGGCCUCACUCCUCUAUCUCCACCCGCAACAAAGCCAGCACCGUGGGGGGCAAAGGAAAAACAGAGAGCUCCCACACCCACAAACAGCAAACCUCCGAGCACAUCGCUGUCUCACAGAGCCUCAGUGUCCCGGUCCCUGCAGGGCUGCCUCAGCGCAGGCUGAGUGUCAGUGCCAGUGUGGCAGGAGAGUUGGGGCUUCUGAGCUGCACCCUGCCUGAAGAGCUGCUGGUGGAUAUUCUGACCGAGAGGCUGCAGCUUAAUGACUGUCACCGGGGAGUGGUGUUUGACAGCCUGGAGACCCUGUACUCCCACUCAAUGACAAGCACUCUCCAUGCCAUCCUGAAAGCUCUCAACAACCGCCGGUACAUCUACCUUAUCAAUCUCAAGCAUGACUACACAGCCUUCAAAGCCAGGGAAAAAGCCCAGAAAGAGGAGGAAGCGCGAUUGCUGAAGGAGAGUAUUGAGAGGGAAAAGGUGCGUAUGGAGGAGAUGGAUGAGGAGGAGUAUGAUGCGCUUUCAGAUGAAGAGAGAGCCAGGAUCGACCGCAGGCGUUUGGAUGAGAUACGAGAACGCAAGCGCAGGGAGCAACUCAAGCUGGAGCGAGAGAUGGAGGAGAGGAGGCAGCAAGAGCAGCUGGAGAGGCUGCGAGAGGAGGAGGAGAUGAAGAAGAAGAAUAAGAAAGGAAAAUUGAAGGAGCUGAGCAAAGAGGAUCAGCUGCUAGGGAAGAGGAGCCAGCAGGGUGUUAAACAGGCAACAAACAAUUCUGGGGGGCGCUCAGACACAAAGAUGGAACAGCUCAUCGGAGAAAGAAAAAUGUCCUACCAGGAAAAGCCUGAAUCCCUUCCCACCGAACACAAUGACGUAGAGGAUGGGAACAAGAAGAAAAAGAUCAAAGAGGGGAAGGAUGGCAAAGCUGCUCCUCCUGAGGUGAAGCCCUCCUCUCCCGAGGAGGCUGAGAAGGAGCCAAUGAGUGAGGGUGAGAAGCUGCUCGUGCAAAGGUUCAAACUUUACAAUCAGAGCCAGAAAGCUAUCUCCCAGACUCUGGACUACUGGGACCGGGUGCAGGGGGUCCUAAUCCACCCAGUCGCCGCUGAUGACACCCCACAGGAGGGGGAGGAGCCCAUCCCUGAGAGACCAGUUCCAGAACGACCAGGCCCAGAGCGAACAGUCCCCUCGGGCAAGAAGGGAAGGAAGGAGCGGGAGAAGGAGAGGGCAGAGAAAGAACGGCUGGAAAAAGAGAAGAUAGACAGGCUGAAAGUGGAAGGAGAGUUCAAGGCCUGCCUCUCCCCAGCCCCCAGCCCGCAGACAGCAGACGGAGACGGGGUGGAAGCAGAGGAGCAGCUGGAGGCCAGGGGGGAAGUGGGGGUACCCCACAUCCUAUUGAACAUCAUUGGCCAGGACGACCCCAGCGCCCAGAAGGUCCUUGAGAGCAGGAAGCUGCCUCCACUUGAUGAGGUUUUAGACGGCCUUGGGCAGGGUCCCAAAGGCCCUCCAAUACCACCUUCAACAAUCUUCUCAGUGGUGCCUUACCCUGGGAAGAGGACCCCCCCGAAUGGCCAGGAUAACCUGAGCCAUUUCGAAUUCUUGGUACCGUCGUCGGAGGAUGUUGCAGAGGACAAGAAGGAGGCAGAACUCGAAAUGGACUCAAUGGGCUCUAUCAGCAUCCUCAAGGAUGAUGCGGUAACCCCUACCAGAGGCCGUUUGAAGAAAGAGAAGGUUGACCCCCAGAAGCGCCGUACAUCCACCAGGAAGGGCCAACGGGGGGGUGACACCCACUCCCUGUCACUCGGCGCUCUGACCCCCGUAUCUGACGCUGACCAGGGCGGUAUCACCAGAGAAACCCUCCAGGACAAGAGCCAGAGACUGACCACCUUUCGCUGGCUCGUCCCACCGAACGGAGAGGUCACUCUGAGAAUUCACUUCAACUCCACUUUGGUGGGCACGUUUGACCAGACCCUGAACUUUGAGCUGACAGGGACCAAGAGACGCUAUUCACUUUACUGCAGAGGAGUGUGUGCCUUCCCAUCAAUCAACAAGGACCCCAGGGUAGUGUUCGCUCACCGUCAGAAGAUGAGCCUGCCAGACAAGAUUAUCCACAAGAAAUACAUCAUGAAGACAGAUGUGUUUGAAUUUGGCCCACUGCUCUGUGGAAAAACAAGAGACAGAUACAAGGAAGGGAAAUACCCAGAAAACAUGGAGAAGCUCACAAUCCAAAACAACUCCCCCUUCGAUACAGAGAUUUUCUUCUGCUUUCAACAUGACAUGAAAGCCACCACUUUUCUGUUGGACCCGCCCACUAUAUCCCUCAAACCCAACGAAAAACAGGAACUGUCUCUCUGGGCUUACCCUACCACCCCAGGUGUGUUUGAGGACACUGUGGUUUGCUGCAUCAAGGAAAACCCAGAACCAGUGCUGUUCAAGGUCUCCUGCCAAGGAGUGAGACCCGAACUGGAACUAGACCGGAAAAGUAUUCAUUUCGACAGAAUCCUCUUGCACAGAAAGGAUACAAAGACGAUCCACCUUAGAAACAUCAACUGGCUGCCUGUGGCCUGGAAGCUUAGUGGGUUAGAAAUGUUGGGGGAUGAAUUCUUGGUGACCCAGGACCAGGGCAUAAUCGAACCCAAGUCUGAAUUCCCACUACAGAUGCACUUCAGGGCAAUGAAACCUAUCAACUUGAAAAAGGCCAUCAGACUCGAGGUGUCAGAUGUGGAAAACAUUCUUGGUAUCGUUCAUACAGAAAACAUCCAGAUCCAUGCUGAAGCCUAUGAUGUGGCGCUGGACCUGAGCUUCCCCAAAGGUACUGAUGGUGGCCUUGACUUUGGGGUUAUCAAAGUAGCAGAAGAAGCAAAGCUGACUCUCUCUCUGAAGAAUAAAGGCAAAUAUGAGAUUGCGUACAGUUUUACUCUGGAGGCCACAGAACCUGACAUGCCUGACCUGCACUCUCUGUUCACCAUCCAACCCCACAAGGGGACUCUGAAUCCCAGUGAGCGUCCCAUGCAGGUCCAGAUCAUCUUCCGCUCUCGCAAGGAGGUGGUCAUCAAAGACCAGGCCAUCUUGCGCUGCAAGGUGAUUGAGCCCAAUGUGUCUGAAGGGGGAGAGACCAUAGCCUGCAUUCCAGUAAAGGUCUCCAUUCGUUCUCUGUUCAGCAAGUACAGCUUCGUACCGGGUAACGACCUCAACUUCGGGGCCAUCGUGUUUGGCAUCCAUAAAAUCCGCACCUUCACCAUCGAAAACAAGGGGGAAUUCGAAAUAAGAUACACCAUCUUCAAAAUGAUGAAGGAGCUGCCCGUGAUUACACAGAAGAAAGGUGGUCCUGCCAAGCGCAACCGUUCUUGCGAGGACGCCCCUGGGAAAUUGCUCAACAAAGCCAGGCGCAGCGAUUCCAUCCAGAAGGAUAUGGGCAUCACUCCUCAGGCCCGGUUCACUGUGGGGGUGUUCACUGUGUCCCCAGGGUUCGGAACCCUGUCCCCUGGGGGCCACCAAGUCAUAUCGGUGGAUUGUGCGGCAGACCAGCCUGGGAAGUGUGAGGAGUUUGUGGCCAUUGACAUCUCUGACCGAGACCCUGAGGACCAGCCACGUGGGAUAGCCUACAGGCUUGUGGCUGAGGCCUGCAUACAGAGCAUUGUGACGAAUGACAUAGCCUCCAUCUUUGAGGAGCACAGGAUCUGCAAGAACAUCAACCUUUACCAGUCCUUGCAGACUAUGGACUGCGGUGGGAUCUUUGUGGAGGAUGAAAACAAGUUUCUGUUUAACAAUGUCCUGGUGGGGCGGCAGGUCAAAGCACGGUUUAAAAUCAUCAACACGGGGAAAGUACAUUGCGACCUGUCCGUGACAGUGAAACCUGUAUCUAGCAAGGCUGCUGCUCGUAUCACUGAAGUAUUUGAAGUGGAACCCACGCGAAUGUGUGUCCCCAGUCACUCACAUUCAUUUGCCGUAGUGACAUUCAGCCCGCAAACCAUGCAGAACUACCAGUGCAUAUUUGAAGCUGCCGUUGAAGGAUUCACAAGUUCCGGCUCUCCUUACAAGACAAAGUCGUUGAUGUUCGAUAUAGCAGGGGACGGGAACCUUCCUCGAGUGACUGUACUUCGCCCUUCACUGCGGAACAAGAAAGGAAACCCACUGCUGCUAUUCAGGCGCCUGCUGCUGGGGUGCUCUGAGAAACUGCCUCUCCUACUGAAGAAUGACAGCAAUGUCCCUGCCCAGGUUAACAUUGACCUGCUGGAUGAGCAUGGAGCAUUUACUCUGCAAGCAACUCCAAACACCCAUUGUACCUACAUAUCCCAGUCCAGCAAGGAGGACGACAGAAUCGUGUCAGAGAGAAAUGCACACACGUCCUCCCUCGUCAUGAGCCCUGGGCAAUCUGCAGAGUUUGUGCUUCUGUUCAGCCCUUCGGCAGUUCGGCUUUACAAAGUGACCCUGCGUCUCCUGGUGGUCGACAACAAGUACGAAGAGACCGUCGUCCAGCUGUUAGGGGAGGGAUAUCAGGAUGAAAUCACUCUGGAUAACAUCCACAAAGCCGGACAGACCAGGGACAUCCCAGAGUUAUUGAUAGACCAGGACACAGAGGAAGCAAACCAUUCAGAACACAUUUACUUGGGAUACUGUCACAUCGGGAGAGCCUAUCAGGAGACCUUCACUAUGACCAAUCACAGCAACGCAGACGCAGUGCGGUUCGAGUGGCCUGCGGACAGCUCUCAGCUCAAGUUCUCCCCACAGGUUGGACAUCUCCAUUCUGGCUGCGCGAAGGAUAUCACUAUGACAUUUCGGACUGAGACUCUGGUAACCCUCAGAGCUCAGCUAGUGAAAUGUAAGAUCUCUAAGAUAGCCUUCCAGCAGCCUGUGGACCAGGUGCCAGACUGGGACAACAGGCAGCGUACAGUUAAAUGGGUGGACAUCGGGAGACAAGCAGCAACACACAGGCCUGCCAAGAAAAAGGUGAUCGAGACUGACCCAGAGCCUGCGCACACUGUGCUGGAGAACACAGCUCGAGAGCUGCCACUGCAAGUUAGUGCUGUCGCUGAUUACGCCCAGUUCCAAUGCAAAGCUGAAACCAUCCGCUUUAAAGACACCCUCCUCUUCCAGACUAGAGUCUUUGAAUUCCAGAUGAUGAAUAAAGGCAAUGUCCAGCUGGAGUUCUCCUGGCAAGUGUUAAUGGAGAGCUAUGGAAAGGGGGUCAGCUUCUCAGAGAAGCACGCAAACCUACCAGAAGGUCAGGGCAAUGGCACUCGGCCACUGAGCCGCUCAGGGAGCCGGCCAGUGAGCGCUUUGGAAAGUGUCUCCCCCCUCCUCACCGGGGACCCCGAUCUGCCUCCCUUCAUUGUGGAGCCCAGCAUUGGUGUGAUAGCAGCCAGGAAGAAGCAGGUCUUCCUGAUCAAAUUCUCCCCUCUGGAUGUGGCCGAAUUUGAGGGGCGGCUAGUCUGCAGUAUACCCAACCUGAAGGAUGACCAGGGCCCCACCAUGGCUGUAAAGGGCCGGAGCCUCCUCCCUUUCUGCCACUUUGACAUUGUGGACUCCGAUUACAUCAGCAGUAACCAGAGAGACCCUGAGCUUAGGGGCCCCCGUGGGGCACCUCCUCGGGCCACACUUGACUCUAACACCAGAGUCAUCGAGUUCUUCUCUGUUGGACUCAGCACAACCAUCACUAGAACCUUCGACAUCAUGAACCCCACCAAUGCAGCCUACUCGUUCCAGUGGAGAUGUGACGAUCCAGCGGAUCUGAGGUUGCAGCCUGUGCUCCGGUGCCUAACAGAGAAGGGCACCAUCAGGGCUGGCAAGAAAGUGGAGAACACCUUUGAGUUUCUGCCGCAACAACUGGACACCACAGAGUCUUUCUGGACCUUCCUGAUCCCGGAACAUAACAUUGCUGUUCCUUUCCUGCUGGUGGGCCAUGCGAGAGAGCCAUCCGUGUACUUGGACCGAUCCUACCUCAACUACAGAUCUCUCCUUAUUGGUCUAGAUGCCCAUGAGACUGUGUACAUAGUAAACAGUGAAGAAACAGCAUUCAACUUUUCAUUCAGAGAGACCUCCCGGCACUCAGAGGGGUUCCAGGACAGUCUCACUUUGCAGCCAAUGGAAGGUGUAGUGCCUCCUAAGAGCAGGGUCCCGGUGGUAAUCUCCUUCAAUCCAACACACGAAGGGAAAGUGAACAUUAACCUGAUGUGUGACGUGAAGGGGAAAACCUUUCCUUUGACUAUGAACGUGAAGGUGGACAGCUACUCCAUGAACGCCAGUCUUCAAUAUGAGAAGACAGAGGGGGAAUCAACCCAGUUCAGCCAGGACAAGGUCAAUGAGAUCAACUUCCAGCAGGUGGAGCUCAACGAGAAGGCGCAUUGUAAUUUCCUUGUCUCCAACACUGGCAAGUUCAUCCUGGGCUUCCAGUGGGAGCUCUGGGGUCCAAAGGAGCUACUACGAUUCCUGAAGGUGGUUCCAGAGACCGGCAGUGUGGUGGUCGGCCAGCAGACUCGAUCCACGCUCUCCUUCUACCCCCUGCAGAGGUGUGUGCUGAAGGAUGUCGGGCUCAAGCUCAAGAUAAAGAACGGCCCUACAUUUAACUGCACGCUGGCUGGUUCUGCUGUACCUCCUGGUGUCCAUUUCUCAUUCACCAAACACAACUUUGGAAUGAAUUUCCUCGCUGGUCUGGUUCCCUGCUCGCAGAAACUCGUCAUCACCAACAAGGGGGAGAAAGAGGCCAGCAUUGAGUGUUUGUUCACCAAUACUGCCUAUCUGGUGGUGGGGCACCUGUCUGAAGUGCUGCCCCCUGGAGGAGUGGUGGAAGUACCGAUAACCUUCUACCCCAAAGAGGCCAUCAAGUACAAGGAGACGGUCACCUUUGAGAUCAAUGGGUUCACCCAGCAGAGCGUGGAGAUCCUGGGUCAGGGCAUUGAGAUGAAGGUUGAACUUGGGGACCCGAAACAGAAGAUGGUGAAUCUUGGGGCUCUGCGAGUCGGGCAGACAGUAAAGAGAUUGAUUCCUCUGGUCAACAACAGCCACGUCCCCUUGACCUUUAACCUGGUUGUGAAUCCUAAUCAACAGGCACUGAUGGACCCUAAGGUGUUCCGUGUCAGUCCCCAGGGAGAGGUGACUCUCAAGGCCAGUGGGGGGCGUUGUCUUGUGGAAGUGGUGUUUUCCCCAAAACGCAGAGUGUCCCCCUUCACAGAGGAGGGGAUGGUGGAAUGGUGCGGGACGUCCCGCUCGCUGUUCAUGCUGCGUGGGUGCUGCCAGGCGCUAGAGAUCAGCUUGGAUCAGGACUACAUCCCUUUCGGGGCUGUGAUCAUGAACAGCCAGGCUUCCCGCAGGAUUCUGAUGCAAAAUACAGGAGACAUCGGAGCCAGCUUUAAGUGGGAUGUGCAGAAAUUUGCCCCUGACUUCUCGAUCAGCCCAGUGGGAGGGUACAUUUCCCCUGGAAUGGAGGUGACCUUUGAUCUGCUCUUCAGCCCCCUCAACCUGAGCCAGGACAUCCGCUAUGACAACCUGAGUUGCUUCAUCGAGGGAGGCAAGCCCCUCAAACUGACUCUGACGGGAUCCUGUGUGAUGGCACCUAUAACCAAGGAGGUGGUGAAUUUUGUGUGCCAGGUCCGCACCCGGCAGUCCCAGUCGAUCCUCCUGCAGAACAAAACGAACCAGCUGUGGAACCUGCGUCCAGUCAUAGAGGGGGAGCAAUGGAGCGGGUCGCCCUCUUUUGUUGUUGAGCCGCACCAACAGAACAAGCCCUACGAGAUCACAUACAGACCGCUCACCAUGACCCUCGAUGGGAAGAAGCAUCAGGGCUCAGUUUUCUUUGCCUUCCCCGAUGGUACAGGAUUGAUCUAUUUGUUGCAAGGCUUUGCUGAACCGCCAAAGUCAUCUGGCAACAUCACCCGCGAGGUGCCCAGCAAGACAUCCUACUCCGAGCUCCUUCCCAUUAGCAACUGGCUCCCCAAACCACAGCGGUUCCGUGUUAUAGUAGAAUUGAUCAAGUCUGAUAAACUGGACUGUACAACUCUCCUAAAGGGCCUCGACUACAUUGAGGUCCCAGCUUUAACCAAGAGGGACUACAAGCUCAACUUCUUCUCGUACAAGGAGGGGCAGUUCAGUGCCAAGGUCACUUUCCGUAACGAGACAACCCUGGAGUACCUGUACUAUACUGUCAACUUCAAAGCCACACCCCCUGGUAUAAUUAGUACCAUUGAGAUGACAUCACCGGUGCGCCAGUGCACCUCAGCCGUUAUUAAAGUGGACAACCCACUGCUUACACCAGUCACCUUUACUACCGACUGUAAACUCCAAGAUAUCAACUUCCCAACACAUCUGACAGUCCCAGCCCAGUCAGAGGGCACUCUGAUGUUUGAGUUCCAGCCUCUGAAAUCGGGUGAAACCACGGGCCGGCUGACCCUGCAGCACCAUGACCUGGGCUUCUUCCAGUACGAGCUGGUCCUGAAGGCUCUGCCCGCCGGGCUGGAGAAGCCGCUGUACUUCCGCACCACGCUGGGCAGCAGCCAGGCAAUCAACGCCAAGUUCAUCAACUUCUGUCGGGUAAAGACCGAGUACACCUGCAAGAUCGACAGUCCUGACUUCCACCUGGAAAAGACCAUUAGUGCUGCUCCAGGGUCCCAGGGGGGUACGGAGGUCAGUGUGGAGGUGAUCUUCGAGCCCAGCCAGCUUGGGGAAACCCGGGGGGUCCUGAGUAUCUCCUCUCCCGUUGGAGGAGAUUACGCCAUCCCGCUGUAUGGGACCUGCGGCCCCCCCAAAGCACAGGGCCCCUUCCCUAUCCGGACUGGCUCCUCCGCCUCCAUCCCCUUCAAGAACAUCUUCCUUCAGACCACCGCCUUCUCCUUCCAGGUAGACAACCCAGCCUUCACGGUGAAGCCUCUGGAAACUGUCCGCUCCAAGAAGACCCACAGCGUGCUCGUCUCCUUCGAGGGCAACCCCACCAGCGCCAAGACACCCGUGAGCGGAAAAAUGACCGUCUCCUGCCCUCGCUCCGAGGGGACUGGCCAGAGCAUCAGCUGGGUGUAUUACUUAAAGGGAGUCACUGUUUAACAUGUCUUAUGGCACUGAUGUUGUAGUAUUGCACCUGAUGUUACUGCACCUCAGGUAAGGUAGUCCUAAUUGUUCAUUCAAAUAGGUUUUUUGUUUUAUUCAAACAGGACCUAAAUAUUACAUUUAAGAGAUACUGUAAUCCAAGUUAAAUGCAUAUAUUGUUGAGGACCAAAAAAGUGAACUGUAAGGGUGACCCAAUGUAUCAUAGGUUCACUAUACUAUGGUUUUACAUACAAUUUCUGAAUUGGUUAAUUGUCUGUAACAUGUACGACCAUUUUGAUCUGAAUUCCAAUCUUAAUUUAUAAAUGCAAUACUGCACUGUGAACACAAAUUUAACUUCACAUUUUGAAACAUUUUGUGGCCCUUUGCUAAAUGUCUAAAUACUGUAGGUACAACAAAUAUUGUAUUUUUAUUUAUAUCUUUGUGUUGGUAAAGGUAUUUUCCUCAUUGCAGUAUGUACAACCAGGGCAUUUUAAUGGUAUUGUUUCUUCUUUUAAUUGCAUUUCACUGAAUAAAAUAUUAAAUGAAAGAUUAAUU